AUGGCGACAUGGUUUCACAUCUUCUGCGUCUCUUUCACAGUCAACUUCCUUCUAUAUCUCUUCUUCCGCAGAACUAACAACAAUCUUCCUCUACCUCCGAACCCUAACUUCUUCCCCAUGCCUGGUCCCUUCCAGUGGCUCCGUCAAGGCUUCGAUGAUUUCUACUCCUAUCUCCGCUCCAUCCACCACCGUCUCGGCCCAAUCAUCUCUCUCCGCAUCUUUUCCGUCCCUGCCAUCUUCGUCUCUGAUCGUUCCUUGGCUCACAAGGCUCUUGUUUUAAACGGCGCCGUAUUCUCUGAUCGUCCACCGGCGCUUCCUACCGGAAAGAUCAUCACUAGUAACCAACACACCAUCAGCUCAGGAUCAUACGGAGCUACGUGGCGACUUCUCCGUCGUAAUCUCACCUCCGAGAUUCUUCAUCCAUCCCGUGUCAAAUCUUAUUCCAACGCUCGUCGCUCUGUUCUUGAAAACCUCUGUUCUCGAAUUCGUAAUCACGGGGAAGAAGCAAAACCGAUCGUCGUCGUUGAUCAUCUCCGUUAUGCAAUGUUCUCGCUUCUUGUUCUCAUGUGUUUCGGAGAUAAGCUUGACGAAGAACAGAUCAAACAAGUCGAAUUCGUUCAAAGAAGAGAGCUCAUCACGUUACCAAGAUUCAACAUCCUCAAUGUCUUCCCUAGUUUCACCAAGUUGUUUCUGAGAAAGAGAUGGGAAGAGUUUCUUACGUUCAGGAGAGAACACAAGAACGUCUUGCUUCCGUUGAUUCGUUCCCGGAGAAAGAUCAUGAUCGAAUCUAAAGAUUCCGGUAAAGAAUACAUACAAUCGUAUGUAGAUACUCUGCUCGAUCUUGAGCUUCCUGAUGAGAAGAGGAAACUAAACGAAGACGAGAUCGUGAGUUUAUGCUCUGAGUUUCUCAACGCCGGGACUGAUACAACAGCGACGACACUUCAAUGGAUAAUGGCGAAUCUUGUAAUCGGUGAAGAAGAAGAGAAGGAGAUUGAAGAAGAAGAGAUGAAGAAGAUGCCGUAUCUUAAAGCUGUCGUGUUAGAAGGUCUCCGGUUACAUCCACCGGGACAUUUGUUGUUACCACACAGAGUAAGUGAAGACACUGAGCUAGGAGGAUACAGAGUUCCAAAGAAAGGGACGUUUAAUAUCAAUGUGGCGAUGAUAGGGAGAGAUCCAACAGUGUGGGAGGAGCCAAUGGAGUUUAAGCCGGAGAGAUUCAUCGGAGAAGAUAAAGAAGUUGAUGUUACUGGAAGUAGAGGGAUAAAGAUGAUGCCGUUUGGAGCAGGAAGGAGGAUCUGUCCAGGGAUUGGAUCGGCCAUGUUGCAUUUGGAGUAUUUUGUGGUGAAUUUGGUUAAAGAGUUUGAGUGGAAAGAAGUUGAAGGUUAUGAAGUUGACUUGUCUGAGAAAUGGGAGUUCACUGUUGUUAUGAAGUAUCCUCUUAAAGCUCUUGCUGUGACAAGAAGGAAGGAGAAGACACAUAUCGUCAUGGCUUAG